UAAAAACUCUUUGAUUGGCUGCUCGCACGCGCCUGCCCGCGCCCUCCAUUGGCUGAGCAGACACGCGACCGGCGCGAGGAGGGGGCUGGGAGAGGAGCGGGGGAGCCACUCUGGCGCGUGCCGCUUUUUAAAGGGGCGCAGCGCCUUCAGCAACCGGAGAAGCUUCGUUGCACGCGACCUGGUGUGUGAUCUCAGAGUGGGUGGGGGAGGGUCGAGGAGGAAAAAAAAUAAGACAUUGCAGUAGAGACCCGGGAAGGGUUUUUUUUUCUUUUCUUUUUUGUGGAGCCGGUUUGCCAGUGCCUCCGAGCCUCCUCCGCCUCCGAGCCUCUGCAGUGCAAUGUCCCGCCUGCUGCACGUAGAAGAGUGGGCUGAAGUGAAGGAGUUAGGGGCCCACCAUCGCCAUCCCCCGCCGCACCACCUCCCGCAGCCGCCACAGCCACCUGCGACCCUGCAGACGAGAGAGCAUCCCGUGUACCCGGCCGAGCUGUCCCUCCUGGACGGCACAGACCCACGCGCCUGGCUGGCUCCCACUUUGCAGGGCAUCUGCACGGCACGCGCCGCCCAGUACUUGCUGCAUUCCCCCGAGCUGGGUGCCUCCGAGGCGGCGGCGCCCCGGGAGGAGAUGGACGGCCCGGGGGAGCUGGGGAGGAGAAGCGGCGGCGGCGGCGGCAGUAGCAAGAGCCCGGGCCCCGUCAAAGUGCGGGAACAGCUGUGCAAGCUGAAAGGCGGGGUGAUGGUAGAUGAGCUGGGCUGCAGCCGCCAGCGCGCCCCUUCCAGCAAACAGGUGAACGGGGUCCAGAAGCAAAGGCGGCUGGCGGCCAACGCCAGGGAGCGGCGCAGGAUGCACGGGCUGAACCACGCCUUCGACCAGCUGCGCAACGUUAUCCCGUCCUUCAACAACGACAAGAAGCUGUCCAAGUACGAGACCCUGCAGAUGGCCCAGAUCUACAUCAACGCCUUGUCCGAGCUGCUGCAAACGCCCAGCGCCGGGGACCCGCCGCCGCCGCCGCCCGCCUCGUGCAAGAGCGACCACCACCACCUCCGCGCCGCCGCCCCCUAUGAAGGCGGUGCGGGCACCGCGACCGCCGCGGGGGCACCGCCGGCCUCCGGAGCGGGCCAGCGGCCGACCCCGCCCGGCAGUUGCCGGACUCGCUUCUCCGCCCCGGCCUCGGCGGGAGGGUACUCGGUGCCGCUGGACGCCUUGCACUUCUCGACUUUCGAGGACAGCGCCCUGACGGCGAUGAUGGCGCAGAAGAACCUGUCGCCAUCGCUGCCGGGGGGCAUCCUGCAGCCAGGGCCGGAGGAAAGUAGCAAAACUUCGCCCCGGUCUCACAGAAGCGACGGGGAGUUUUCUCCCCAUUCCCAUUACAGUGACUCGGAUGAGGCCAGUUAGGAAGGUGACAGAAACCCUGAACACAGACAGAGACAAAAUCGCCCCUUCCCCGUGCGCGGACAGCCCCGCGGCUAACGAUCCCCGCGCCCUUUUAAUGUUUGCGCGGCGACGGUCGUUGUUUAGCAACGACUUGGCUUCAGAUGGCAGCUACAUUUGAUGGUUUGCAAAAGCCUCCGCUAUUCCAAACUUCCCAUCGUCCAAUGUUGUUUGAUGAAAACCUGUUAAAGUCGUGUUCUUCCCUCCCACCUUCUGCUUCCCCUAUAGAUAGGGUAUAAUUAAUUAUAUAUAUACCUAGUUCCCUGCUGCCAAUACGCUGCUAAAACAUCGCAUCUUCUCUAUCGCUGGUUUGUGUUUAAUUUAUUUUAUGCCCUGGGCAUCCAUCCUUGUGUGUUGCGCGCGCUCACGUGUGGGAGAGUUAGUAUUCCUCAACUGUUUCCCAAAAAAUGCGUUAUGAAACUCAAAGUGAAGACUUCCAAAGUGAGUGACUUUUGACUGUGGAAUUGUUCGAAAACGGGCAACUUGGAAGUGUAUGUGUUGUAUAAACAUACCCAGUAUGUAUAUCCGAUCGCUAGAAAGUUGGCGUCUUGUAGGAAACUUGGCGCACGCACUUUAUCAGCCGCUACCGCAGCGGCUCCGGGACAAACUCAACUGCCAAUUGCAGACCAGUUUUGUUUUUUAAACACGGCCACUUAUAAUCCUUAAGCUUUUUGCAAAUUUUUGUUUAAAAAAUUAAAAUUUAAAAAAAAACAUGCCCAGUAGUGUCAAAAGCAUUUGGUCAAUUUUAUUUUUGCUUUGUUAAUGUUAGAACGUAUUUAUUAUUGAGUGUUUGCUACCAUUUCUACUUAUCUUGAUUCAUUUUUUACGUUUUCUACUCGAGACCAUUUUAUUUUAAAUUAGCAAAGCCAUUGCCAUUGUUUUAUGUAUUUCCUUUUGCAAAUGAUAAAAAUAAACUUGAAAAUAACUUU